AUGCUCAGACUCGCGAAAGCUCUCGCUAUCAGCAACGCAAGGUACUUGUCCACAAGUGCCAUUUUGCGUCAAGAUGCUGUAGGUACUGUUGGGACCGUACCCGUCAAACGUCCCGUAGGAGGUUUCCGUAUUUUGGGAUUUUUCUUUGGCUUCUCCUUCGCAUCUGCUCUAUCGAUCUACUAUCUCCAACAGGACAACAAAAUCGCUUCAGGCUUGCUUUUAGCCAGCGUAGAAGAACUCCAGCAAGGAACCGGUAAGAUCUCAUCUCAUCUGGAUAGACUUCAGACUGUCGAAAAAGACUUGGCUGCUCUCAAGUCCUCCGGAGCCAUUAAAGACGAUGUGACUAAAGUCAGGGGUGAGAUGAAGAAAGUAUAUGACGGUCUUCACCUUGAAUUACUUGAUUUGAGAGCACACGUAUGGGGAGUAGAACAGGAUUUACAAAAAGUUGUUAAAACGGGUGAGUCUCUCGACCUCACCUGA